AUGCGACAUGAUGACAAGAUAGAACACGUACAGGAUCAGACGCAUAAGCACGGGAUGUCGUCCGAGGACCACUAUUAUUGUCAUCAAUGCAACAAGAAACGCGACGCGUCUGACAUUAUUCACUGCACGCACAUGAUCCCAAAGGCUCAUGUCCCAGACGUACGAUGCAAGUUGAAAUACUGCAGAGCUUGCUUGAAGAACAGGUACAAUGAGAACAUCGACCUUGACAAGGCUCAACGGCCGAGCGCCCUUCCCAAGAAAGAGAGGGAGAAGCACGUCCUGACAGACGGAUAUUGUUAUCAAUGUCCUAAGUGUCGGGGGCAGUGCAAUUGUCGCGUGUGUCGCAAGGCGAGAGGACUUGAGCCUACUGGAAUGUCUGCAUGGGUUAGAAAAAAGGGUGCAAAGCCUGACGUGCUACCGAAAGGACGCAAGAACAAGACCAAGAAAGCAGGCGCUCCCCAUCCUCAGAUUGAUAGAAAAGCAUCGAAGCGCAUUGUCGAGCCUCUCCAAUCCGGAACCACCGUGCCCACUAUGCGCAAAGUGCCUAAGCCGACGGCUGUGUCCACAGUGAAAGCUGCGCCAAAGCCGGUCUGGAGCAGGGUCUAUACUCCUCUUACGAAAAGCGCCGCGGAGACACGCAUACACAUUCGCGAAUUUUUGCUGCGUUUCUCUUCCAUGCUGGACCUCAACAAGAGCCAACUGGAGGAGCUUGAGGAAAUAUCAGGUGCUGGCGCAGAUGACGUUUGGGAGAUGAACAAUGGAGAAGAGAUGGUGGGCUGGGUCAGCGAAACCUGCAUCAAAGCGAUCGUACUUGGUCUCUUGUCGGUCAUCGCAGAAGGCUCUGACAGUUUCGCCAUGGCAAAGAGCAUAAAAAAGGCCAUCGAGGAAGUCCAAUCGUCUGGCGCUAUCUUGAACAAGAUCUGGGGCGCUCUUUCUGUCUUGCGCGACGAGAUGCCUUCUGGGCCGGCCUCUGCUUUCCAAAUUCCAGAUCCACUCCCUUCUCCGCCGAAUAUUAUCAUACACAACCUACGUGGCAGCUCUCGUGGAGCCAAUGCUGCCAGCGGUGUCUACGUGGCAGUCUCCGCACAGCUAGUGCCUGUGAUUGCCUCCUUGAUCGAGUCCGCCAUCCUAAUGCAGCGAGUGAGGGAAGAGAUCGAUAAUGGUGUAAUGCAGGAAAAGGAGCUGGCGAAGGAGUUUCGGGUGGCUCUAGCCAGAGAGAAGUCGCAAUGGCUGAAGACCAAGACUACUUUAGGCAGUGCUGAACUCAGACUUCAGCGCAAGCAAUAUCAACAGACCUGCAUUGACUUAGAACACGCAUAUCGUGUGGCGGAAACUACCUGUAUCCCACGGUACGCUGCUCUGGGGCAAGACAGCGAAGGCAGAGUGUACUACGCACUCACUCCAAGUGAAGCGGAGAGGGAGGCUGCCGCGCAGCUGCUUGCCGGCAAAGACGGGAAGGUUAAGGUGACCCGCAAGCGAGGUGGCCUGACAGUGGAGGAUAGGAAGGAGAUGCAACGUUGGUCCUGGUUCAUCGCCGUUUGGGGACGAUUGCCCAAGGGUGCAAUCCGUGCCAAGAAUGAUGAUGAAGACAGCGACGAUGACGACGAAAGUGAGGCGGAAGAAGGCUGGUGGGGCUUCUGGGAACCGGCGGAAAUUAAGAAGCUCGCAAUUUGGAUCUCUCAACGAUACGAGGCGGAUGGCGCCAAACCUACGAACCACGCUCAAUCGAACAGCCUUUCGUUCCAUCCCGGAGUCAAGGGCAAGAGUGUCGCAGGACGUUCCCGCCCUGCCAGCUCCUCCUUCAUCGAGAGUAGUGUGAUGGGAUCCCGUGAAUGCUCACCGCUGUCAGAUUUGUCGGAAGAUAAUGACAGCUUGAGUGAGCUCACGGAUGACGAGGAAGAGCAGACUGGGCAACAGAGUGAGGGUAUGCGCAUUGAUUCUCUCACCCGCCAGGUACCGACGAACCACGAGCUCCGAGCACUCGUGCAGGGGCUGAAUGACUUUGCCGAUCUCCUCCAGUGGAGGAUCUCUCGUGCAGGGUCCGGCAUGGAUGAUUAG